AUGGGCGACGAAGACUGGGAAGCGGAGAUCAUCACGCCGCACCUGUCCUCCUACGUGCCGGUGUUCGAGAAGGACAGGUAUUCUUCCGGAGCAAAUGGAGACACUUUCAGCAAGACUCCGGCUUCGUCCUCAGAAAUGGAUGAUGGACCUUCUCGAAGAGAUCAUCAUUUCAUGAGAAGCAGAUUUGCCUCUGGGAGGAGUUUGGGAAACAGAGAUGCCGGGGAGUCUAAUAAGAGGGAGAGCACCUCCACAAUGGGUGGCUUUGCAGUUGGAAAGGGUUUUGGAAACAGAGGUUUCCCCAGCAACAAGCUCGAGGACGGCGACGGCGCUGGUUUCUGGGGAGAGUCUAACAAUGACGGUGAAGAUAAUCAGACGCGCAACAGAGGGUUUUCCAGGAGAGGAGGCUUUCAGGAUGGAAAUGCUUCAGAAGCUUCCUCGUCAUCCAGAAGAGGUGGAAAAGGAGGCUUCCGAGGUGGCCGGGGAGGAUUUGGUCUAGGAAGUCCAAACAGUGAGUAUGAGCAAGACGAGGGGACCCAGCGCACUGGCGGCCUUUUCGGACCUAGGAGACCGGCACCGAGCGGCCCAGGCAAUGGCGACGUGUAUCCAAGCCGAAGUGGAAGUGGGCGAGGUGGUUACAAAGGGUUAAAUGAAGAAGUAAUAACAGGCUCUGGAAAGAAUUCUUGGAAGUCAGGAGCUGAAGGAGCAGAAAGUGAAGACACUCAAGGACCAAAAAUGACCUACGUACCACCCGCGCCCCCCGAGGACGAGGACUCCAUCUUUGCACACUAUCAGACAGGCAUCAACUUUGACAAGUAUGACAGCAUUCUCGUGGAAGUGUCUGGACACGAUGUGCCACCAGCAGUUCUGACGUUUGAAGAAGCUAAUCUCUGCCAGACCCUGACCAGCAACAUCGCUAAAGCCGGCUACACCAAGCUCACCCCUGUGCAGAAGUACAGCAUCCCCGUCGUCCUCGCAGGGCGGGACCUGAUGGCUUGUGCUCAGACGGGGUCUGGGAAAACUGCAGCAUUUCUCUUGCCGAUCUUGGCGAACAUGAUGCGUGACGGCAUAACCGCCAGCCGUUUCCGGGAGCUGCAGGAGCCCGAGUGUAUUAUCGUAGCCCCCACUCGGGAACUCAUCAAUCAGAUCUACUUGGAAGCCAGGAAGUUUUCUUUUGGGACUUGUGUAAGAGCUGUUGUCAUAUAUGGGGGAACCCAGUUUGGGCAUUCAGUCCGCCAGAUAGCCCAGGGCUGCAACGUGCUGUGUGCUACUCCUGGGAGGCUGAUGGACAUCAUAGGCAAGGAGAAGAUUGGUCUCAGACAAGUCAGAUAUCUAGUUUUGGAUGAAGCUGAUCGCAUGCUGGAUAUGGGCUUUGGACCAGAAAUGAAGAAGUUGAUUUCCUGCCCAGGAAUGCCAUCAAAGGAACAGCGCCAAACCCUUAUGUUCAGUGCAACUUUUCCAGAAGAAAUUCAAAGGCUGGCUGGGGAGUUUCUGAAGCCGGACUAUUUGUUUGUCGCUGUUGGACAAGUGGGCGGAGCCUGCACAGACGUCCAGCAGACCGUUCUCCAGGUGGGCCAGUACGCGAAGAGAGAGAAGCUCGUGGAGACCCUGCGGAGCACAGGUGAUGAAAGGACUAUGGUCUUUGUGGAAACUAAGAAAAAAGCAGAUUUUAUUGCCACUUUUCUUUGUCAAGAAAAAAUAUCAACAACAAGUAUUCAUGGUGACCGGGAACAGAGAGAGAGAGAGCAGGCCCUUGGAGACUUCCGCUGCGGGAAGUGCCCCGUCCUUGUUGCUACUUCCGUGGCUGCCAGGGGGCUGGACAUCGAAAAUGUCCAGCAUGUUAUCAAUUUCGACCUUCCUUCCACCAUCGAUGAGUAUGUUCACCGGAUCGGGCGCACCGGGCGCUGCGGGAACACCGGCAGAGCUGUCUCCUUCUUCGACCCCGAGUCAGACCGGCACUUGGCACAGCCUCUAGUGAAAAUACUGUCAGAUGCUCAGCAGGAUGUUCCUGCCUGGUUGGAAGAAAUUGCCUUUAGUACCUAUGUUCCUGGCUUCAGUGGGGGCCCAAGAGACAGUGUGUUUGCGUCGGUGGACACCAGAAAGGGCAAGAGCACUCUGAACACAGCAGGGUUUUCUGCGUCACAAGCUCCUAACCCAGCAGAUGACGAGUCAUGGGACUGA